AUGUUAUCAGCGUUGGCCCGUGGACGAGUCGGAUUGGCGGCGACAAGGAGACUUGCAACACUUCGGGAAAAAGCUGGCCAAAAGGAUCCGCUGGAACGAUACGAACCAAAAUUUGAGGAUCCACGAGAAUAUCCAGAAUUUCCAGUUCUCAAUGUCAGACUUCAAGGAUACGAUUUUGUGCCACUCGAAAAAUAUCAAUCAUUUGUGGACAAGAUAGCACGAAGGUUCAACUUUCCUAUUGUUGAAAGUUACGCUGUUGCGGCUCAAACAUGUCGUGCGCUCACUUACAAGCCUCAAUCAACGAUAGUCGCUGAUGAAAUCGAAUUGGCUGUGUAUGAUCGAGUAGUGCGAAUAGGUCCAGUACCAGCGCCGAAACUUCAACUUUUCACGCAAAUGAUUAGAGCACAUUGUCCUGUUGGAGUAACGAUUACGAUAAAAGAAGCAACGCGAGAAGACGAACAAUACCGAUACAUCCCCGACUUGAUGUUGAAAGAAAAGCAAGAAGAAUUAAAAAAACGAUUGUUAUUGCUGGUUCAUUUUAUUGUUGCAUGGAUAAAGCUGAUCUCAUCAAAAAUUUCGAUGAACUCGCUCUAUCACGAAAAGCAAAGCCGACAAUUUUGUCUCGUUCAUUGCCUGAAUGCACUCCUUCAAAAGAAAGCGUUCUCAGCGGAAAGUGCUGAUGAGAUUUGCUAUCAAUUGAAUGAGAGUCGACUGCGUGAUGGCAGCGAUGGCAGCCUAUCGCCUGGAACGCUGUCGUGGCACCUAGGUCGAUGGUUUAAUCCACACAGAUCAUGGAUCGGUCUCGGAAAUUACGAUGUAAAUGUCCUGAUGGCGGCCUUGGAGUUGCACGAUAUGGAGGCUACAUGGUUCGAUCGGCGGAAAGCAGCUGAUGAAAUUCCAUUCAACGAGAUACACGGUUUGAUAUUCAACAUACCAUCUACUUCGUUUAUCCCAUUUUGGAAUGGCCGACAUUGGUUUACGAUUUUACGACUUGAUGACGGCUCUUUCGUGAAUUUGGAUUCAAAGCUAAAGAAACCCGAGCCAAUCGCCGACAUUUUGGAGUUCUCGAGAAAUAUUCUGCAAAACGAGAAGAACCAAUUGAUAUUGGUGCGAAAACAGAAUGUACAU